ACAAGAACGAAUUGCUCUCCCUCAGCGAGAUGGAUAAAGACGGACAAGUAUCUGCAUUUUAUCGUGUCCUCAUAACUAUCAUUUGGGUCUUCAGUAUACUAAUAUUUCCCUACCGGUUUCGGGAAGACGUAAUGUAUAAAGCGAAAGCUAAAAAUCGUAAACUUCGGCGCACAUUUGGAGACAUUAAAGAAGAUUUUGUGAAAGAAGUGAUGAAAAAAUGGCCAUCUACAAUUGAACAACGGGAUAACUCUGGAUGGACUCCUCUACACAUUGCUGCGCAUUUGGGUAAUGAGGAAUUUGUCAAACUGGUUUUGGAAAAGGGCAAUUCCCCUGCCUAUGUAAGGAACAACGAAGGUUUAUCUGCUCUUCACAUUGCGGCCAAGGAAGGAAACGUUGAGGUAAUGAAAGAACUCAUCACAACAUGUCCAGAUAUCUAUGAGAUGUUGGACAACAGGGGUCGGACGGCUCUUCAUGUCGCUGCAGAAAGUGGAGAGGAAGCAGUAGUCGAUUUUUUUUUGAAGGGACCAAGUAAGAAAAAAGCAUUAGAACAGUAUUUUCGGAAGAUAGUAAAGUUCUUUGCGGGUGGGAACAUAAUAGUCAAGUUUAUUCAAAAGGGAGCAAAGUUCUUUCAGGAUGGAAAACGAAAGGUCGACACUAGUUCCAAGGGAGAAAAUUCCUUUAAGGGUAAGAUAGAAGGAGCUGAGUUCAUUCAGAAGUUAUUUGAGGGUCUAAUCAACGAACAAGAUAAAGAAGGAAACACCCCUAUGCAUCUAGCGGCCAUUGAAGGGCAUUACGAUCUUACAUUCGAGUUGGAAGAUGGUGCAUCCCAAUGUGGAGUUGUUGACUUAAAUGCUACAAACAACAAGGGAUUUACCAUAAUGGACAAUCUUUUGCUAAGAAUGAUGUUAAAAUCCUGGAUUACGAGCUUAUUUUGGAGCAAAGGCGCUAGACCAAGUCUGAGUGGAGUACUCUUAAAGACGGGCAUUCAGAAGUCGGACCAGAAACCAGAACAGGCAGGCGAAUGUUCGGACAGCAUUCAGAAGUCGGACCAGAAACCAGAACGGGCAGGCGAUGAUGGCAAUGGCAUUCGCGACAGCAAGGAAACGUCGGAAUCAGAUUUUGGGAAGCAAGUGGGCGAGAUCAAUUUGUUGGUAGCCACACUCAUCACUACUGUCACUUUUGCGGCAGCUUUCACAGUGCCUGGUGGUUACAAAAGCGAAGGUGUGGAUGAGGGCUUGGCAAUACUAUGCAAAAGAUUUGCUUUUGGUGUAUUUCUGAUAGCUAAUACUCUAGCCUUUGGUCUUUCCACUACCUCAGUAUUUAUCCACUUUUUUGCAACAACAACGAUUACUUCAGCCGAUUUUCAAAGAGAAGUGGCUCAGCAUACCCCUCUUUUCACAAAGUGGUCCGUUGGAGCAUUGCUGGCAGCUUUUAUUGCAGGCACCUAUAUUGUGGUGCCACUCUCUUUGGGGAUUACAAUAGCUGCUAUUCUUUUCUGUUGCUUCCUAAUUAGCCUGUUUUUCCCUAUCGCAAUUAAGUAGCAUGUUACCAUUUAUUUUACUGAAGUCGUUGGUUUUUUAUGCUCCUUCUCUAGAAGAAUAAAGAAAUAAAGUAGUGAAGAAUGGUUUGGUUGCUAAGGCCCAAGCUGAUCUGUGCUGAUUGGGGACCUUCAGAAUUAGCAAGGAAAAGGCUUUAAAGCUAUGUUUUGCAAGUU